UUCGAUAUCUACAAUGACGAAAACGUGCACCUGGAAAAUCUGUGCCUUGCUGGGCUUCCUAUUCUUUUAUAAACCCAUCGAAUCUAGGCGAAUUGACUGUACGGCCAACGGAACUAUGAUGCAUUGUCCUACAGCGUGUCCUGAAACCUGCGAGUACUCUGGUAUUGGACCCUGCAUAAGAAUGUGCGGAGGCCCUUGUGUGUGUAAGCCGGGAUAUGUAAUCAAUGAGAGGAUUCCCGCUUGUGUUUUGCGAUCAGAUUGCCCCAAAGAUGUGGUUCCAAGGGAAUAUAUGAUUGGGGGAGUACAUAAUUUUUCAUGCUUUGGCGCAAGUAACAUGUGCUUGUUACCGCCCAGAGCCUACUGGAAGUCAGAACCACACGUCACCCGCAGAUACAGUCGUGACCAUUGAAUUAGCAAUUAAGAAUAAGAAAUAAACGCAAUUCUUGGCAAGCGGU